AUGACUGGCAAGUACCACAUCAAGAACGGUACUGUCCUCUCCAUGGACCCGUCUUUGGGCAACAUCCAGAACUGCGAUGUUCUCAUCGACAACCAUAUCAUCACCCACGUCGGCCCCAACCUCACUCCGACAGCCUCAGAGCAAUACACCGUCAUUGACGCCACCAACGCCAUAGUCUCCCCAGGCUUCAUCGACACCCACCGACACACCUGGCAGACCCAAUUGCGCACAAUCUGCUGUGACCACGUUCUAGGUGACUACUUCCUCCAUAUCCGCAACGUCUAUGGCUCCUGCUACACCGACCGAGAUGCCUACCUGGGAAACUACUGCGGCGCUCUGGAAAGCAUCGACAAUGGAAUCACCUUUCUAAUUGAUCACUCGCACAUCAUGAACUCUCCAGACCAUGCCAAUGCUGCCGUACAAGGACUGAGGGACGCGAAGAUCCGCGCGGUGUUCUGUUAUGGAUUAUAUGUCAAUCCCACCUGGCCGGGUUCGUGCAUGGACCCUGAUCGAGAGGUGAAAACGCCGGAAUGGAGAUUUGAAGACGCGAAGCGCGUGAGGGAGACGUUGUUGAAGUCGAAUGGCCCGACCGACUUGGUUCGGUUUGGGUUCGCGCCGGCGGAAAUCGAACUGGCCAUCGAAGAUGCCGUCAAGGAAGUCGAAUAUGGUCGAUCUCUGGGCUCGGCGAUCAUCACCGGCCACGUAUCGAUGGGCAAAUACGAUCGCGGACUGCACUUGGUCCGGCACUUUGAAGAGCGCAGCCUCCUUGCUCCGGACCUGUUGUUCAGCCAUUGUGCCAGUCUACACGACGACGAGCUCGAGGCCGUGAGUAAGCGGGGUGUUUCCCUCUCCAGCACGCCGGACACAGAACUGCAAAUGGGCAUGGGCCACCCCAUCGCCUUCAAGGCAAAAGGCCACGGAUGUACCGCCAGCAUUGGCAUCGACGUGGUCUCGAACAACCCGGCCGACAUGUUCCAACAGAUGCGCUUGCUGCUCCAAGCGCAACGACACCUCGAACAUUACGCCGCAGAAGGCCCACCGUGGAGCAUCUCUAAAAAGUGCGCUGAGGUUCUGGAGAUGGCCACCAUGGGCGGCGCAAAGGCCGUUGGCUUGGGAGAAGUCAUUGGGGGCAUCACGCUGGGCAAGCGCGCGGAUCUGAUCAUCACGCGAUGCGACUCGACCAGGAUGACACCCGUCCACGACCCCGUGGCCGCGCUCGUCCUGUACGCCAACGCAUCGGAUAUCGACACGGUAUUCAUCGACGGCGAAAUGGUCAAACAUGAGGGAAAACUGGUCGGCGUCGACUGGCCCGCGGUCCGCACUGAGCUGAGGCAGUCGGCCGAAAACAUUAUGGAGAGAUCCAAGAAGGCCCCCUUUGAACAGAUCAAGGAAGAAGUCAUUAAGACUAUGACGGCCUUUGCUGGCGCUGCUUAA